AUGGGGGACCGAGAGCAGCUGCUGCAGCGAGCCCGCCUGGCCGAGCAGGCGGAGAGAUACGACGACAUGGCCUCGGCCAUGAAGUCGGUGAGUGGGCUGAAUGAGCCUCUCUCAAAUGAGGAUAGAAACCUGCUGUCUGUAGCCUACAAGAAUGUAGUAGGAGCAAGACGAUCUUCCUGGCGUGUCAUCAGCAGCAUAGAGCAGAAGACUAUGGCAGAUGGGAAUGAGAAGAAGCUGGAGAAGGUUAAAGCCUAUAGGGAGAAGAUAGAAAAGGAGCUGGAGACAGUCUGCAAUGAUGUUUUGGCUCUCCUAGAUAAAUACUUGAUCAAGAACUGCAAUGACUUCCAGUAUGAAAGCAAGGUCUUUUAUCUGAAAAUGAAGGGGGAUUACUACCGCUAUUUGGCAGAAGUUGCUGCUGGAGAGAAGAAGAACAGUGUUGUGGAAGCCUCAGAAGCUGCGUAUAAAGAGGCUUUUGAGAUCAGCAAAGAGCACAUGCAGCCCACUCACCCAAUUAGGCUCGGGCUGGCGCUCAAUUUCUCAGUGUUCUACUAUGAAAUCCAGAAUGCUCCUGAGCAGGCCUGCCUUUUAGCCAAACAAGCCUUCGACGAUGCCAUAGCAGAGCUGGACACACUAAACGAGGAUUCCUACAAGGACUCCACUCUCAUCAUGCAGUUACUUCGAGAUAACCUCACUCUGUGGACGAGUGAUCAGCAAGAUGAAGAAGCAGGAGAGGGCAAUAAUUAAAAAGCUUUCCUCUGAUCCCUCUUUCAUCCAUACACCAUCCCCAUCAUCACCAAUAUUUCCUUGCCACAGUCACACUAAAUAUCUAGUGCUAAGCAUAUCUGUAUUGUACAGCUGUUCAGAUCUGCUGUCCACUUGAUCAAGAAGCAGCUUCAGAUCAGUCUUCAUGGGCGUUGAUGGAUUGAUUGGUUGCUUUAUUAGCCCUAUUUAUCUUAGGUGCACUUGAGUAGUGCAGAAAGAUGCAUAGUAAAUGAGGCAUUUUUAGUUUGCCUUUUGAUUGGAAAAUAUGGGAAAGAACAAUGGCAAGCAAUUGAAGAGAGGUUCCAGUUGAUUUUUUUUUUCCCAUUAGAGCUGACAGUUCUGUUAAGCAGUACAGUUUAUGCAUGCAAAGUAAAUUAGCCACUCCAAUUUUUUUUUUCAGUCAAUGGAAACAGUUAAGCUGAUGUGAAAUGACAGCUCUGUUCAUCAGUUUACAAUAAACUUUGAAAUGUGAGGUUUCAGUAGCAAUUUGGGUUUUCUGCUUUUAACUUAUGUGCACAGUUUCUUUCAAUGCAGUGCGUCUACCUAAGAGUUUUGAUACUUGUAAUCUUUUGCAGUUGUUUUGAAGAUCCAUGGAUUUAUUUUUUGUAAACUCUUUGGCUGUUUCGUUGUCUGUGUAUUCUGACAACAGUAUGUCAAUAUUAGCCCAUAUUAAGAUGGAUGACUGAGAUGCCAGACUUCUAAAUUAAAUGUUUUGGAAUUAAAUGAAUAAAAUAAAAUGCUGCU